ACAAAAAUAUAACAAUAUCAAUUAACAACAACAAAAAUAUAACGUCGGUUAGAAGAAGGGGAGAUGCCAAAACAACGUCGGGUUUAAAAUUUUUUUUUUAAAGCCUGGCUCAAAAUGAUGUCGUUUUGAUGCCAGGUUAUUAAAAAAAUUUGAAAUGGCCUGUUCCAAAGCGACGUCGUUUUGGUCUAAAAAAUUAGGCGCCCGCCUGUGAGCGAAGCCCAGGCUUCGCUGUUGCAUUUCGUCGAGCACCUUGCGUGCAUCUUAGGAAUAUUGCCAAGCCAAGGGGCACUCAUUCCACCAAAGCCUUUUUGUCUCCCACAAUUGUUUUUGGGUCCGCAUUCAUUCCUUGUCCUACACCGUGUAGGGCAAUUUUCUCUUUGAAAAAUCCAGUGAAGUCCUCUCAGCGAGCACCCCCUCCUAUCUCUCGUUCGCCGCCGCAGUCUCGUCAAAAACUCUUGUUCUCCUUUGACUCACAUAUGUUGUCUGCAAAACCCUAACCCAUUCACGUUGACGGGUUUGGGAUUCCUUAUUAGUAUAGGAUUCUCAGAUAUUUAGGUUUGUUUUCUGUUUCAAAUAAGUUCCUACUAUGUAGGGAGACUUGUUUACUGUUUUUGACUCUUUCCUUAUGCACGUUACCACGUUUCUGUUAGUGUGAAUCGUGGGCUGUAUUUCAGCUGUUUGUUAGUUCAUGUAAGGCUAUAUAAUAACCAAAGGUUGCUGUUCAAUAAUAAGUCAUUCAAUCCAGUUCUUGCGUUUGAGUUAUUUGCUUUCUUGUUCCCAUUCUCAACACACAUUUCAUCAGAUGUCCAAGUUCUGCAAUUUUUAGCAAUUUCAAGUUUGCAACUUCAAAUCCAAUCCAAUCUUUCCUGGAUCAUCCCAAGCCAACCCAUCUCUAUAUUAACCUAAUUCUUCUCUUAAUUUGAACUCAAAUUUAACAACAAACCUUUUCUAUUUGCAUCUCUGUACCAAAAGCUGUGCUUCUUUUCUGGCCAGACUGGCAAAAUUAUUCCUAUACGAUUGAAUUCAAGGAGAAGAAGAGCGAUCAGCAAGAAAGAGCAAGCAGUAGAAUGGCAACCCAACGGUUCCUGCAACUUCCACUGGGUAUAACCAUGGACAUCCUCUCAAGGCUCUCUGUCAAGACCCUUUUCAACUGCAGGUGCGUGUGCAAAGCGUGGCUUUCUAUAAUCUCUGACCCUCAGUUUACUCAUCUCCACGCUUCAAGAUCACCCUUUGGCAUCUUGAUCGAGAUCUUCCUUCCUCCCCCUCUAACAAAACCAAUGGAACUUUAUUUUACCCAUCUACAAGCAGAAGCAUGUGCUGCUCCUGGUUCAGAUUUGCAGCUCGAGGAAAUAACGUUUUCUCCCAGAAAUACCCUACCUCCCGUUGACGACGCCAUGCCCGAAUUUCGCUUGAUAAACUCAUGUAAUGGUCUGCUUUGUUUUGGAGCUAAUGAAGGCUUUCCCCUGUAUGUGUGCAACCCUGUUUUGGGCGAGUACAUCACCAUUCCACCUGCUAAUAGAAACGACAAGUGGCUUAUUGUGGGACUUGGUUUUAGCGUCAGGACCAAUGUGUACAAGGUGUUUCAGUUGAACAACCCGGACACUGAGGCUGAGAUUUACACCAUUGGCGCAGGAGGGGCAUGGAGAAGCAUUGGACCUCCUCCUCCUGGGGAUUUUAAUAACUUAUCGUUCAAUAAUUUUCUUCAUGGAGCUGUUCAUUGGAUUCCCUAUGGUGGUAGAAGUAUAAGUUCCAAGGUUAUACAAUCUUUCGACUUUGAAAGAGAACAAUUCCGGCCAUUAUCACUACCUAGUUUGCUAGCAAAGAAUCAAUUUCCGUAUAGUUUGACAUUGGAAGUGAUAGGAGGUUGUCUCCAUCUAUGUGUGCUUGAGGAUGAUGCUAGCAAACUGGACAUGUGGGUUAUGAAGGAGUAUGGUGUGCAAGAGUCUUGGACUAAAAUUCUUGCUUUUGAAAACCUGUUUGGCCUUUGGACGGAACGAAUCUGUGAUAGGUAUAAUCCAAUUAUGUUUUUGAGCACUGGGGAAAUCCUGAUGUUCUACAACUUUGAGCGUGUAGUUUGUUAUAAUCAAGAAGAAAAGAGCUUCAGAAAAAUAAAGAUUCCUUCGACUAAGAAGUGGUCAUUUCAGCCAAUUGCUUACAGUCCAUCCUUUCUUUCGCUCUAUGAUAUUGCAAAGGCAGAGGACGUGAAGAGGGUUGGCAGCAGUAAGAGAUAUAACAAGCUGCCUGUUUGAUGAAUCGAGUUAUGAUUGUACUGCUUUUGAAGAGGCUCUUCCUAAAGCCAAAAAUUCCUCUCCGGAUUUGAAUUGGAGGAUUGGGACUGCAUGAUUUCUUAAGAGGAAAAAGGAAGGCUUCUUUUUGUUACUUGGCUUUGCCAUUAGGGGAAACUCUGCGUCUAUAGACCAAAAUGCCUUUGAUGGCUUGUCUAGAACAAAGUGAUUGAAACUCUUUGUUAAAACUUUUGAUUUUAAUUAGUGUCUAAAUUUCUAGUUACAAUCGUACAAGUAUUUUCUAAUGGUUAUCAUUUAUUUUCCUUUUUGAAGUUGCAUAUCAUUUGUCCUUUUGGCUAUGGAAGUAUUAUCAUUUAUACCAUAUUUGUGUUUAGAAGUUUGUUAUUAAUAAUUGCAAAAGGUAGUAUACAUACAAUUGGUAUAAUAUUGUUGGUUGCGGUAUAUUGAUGUUGCUCUUUUUAGUUGGAGUAAA